AUGAUCAUAAAAAAACCUGACGAUGUCGGCUCAAGUUUGCUCAUCGCUCACAUCGCCAACUCUGCAGAGCGGAAGCUUAUUCUGAUGGCGUUCGCACCUAUGCCAGGAAUCAACGAGGAUUCCGCGACAACGCUGCUUCCAGUGCCUCCGAACAAGCCGAAGAAACUUUCUCCAAGAAGCCUGAUGGCUCUUCGUAGCCGGCGAUUCGCACCAAGUUUAAGAGAAACUCAAGAAAACGCUGGGCCGGGUUUCUUCGAUGAGCUAUGCAACUCGCAGCAGACAGGCUCGCAGAUUUUGCCCAGCCUCGUUCAGCUGCAAGCCUUCCACAAGCACAAGUCCAUGGUGAGAGAGAGAUUGCACGGCUCCGCCUUGUGUUGGGGUCGGCAGGAAGAGCGCGAGAUGAAGCUGCACGAGAUGCUUCCGCACUUGCACGACAUCUUCGAGUGCGAGCAGGACACUGCCGACGAAGCCGAGGACGAGCCCUCCUGGCCGUGGAGGCAGUAUCAAGUCAAGGAAGCUGACACCGACAAGUUGGCUCACAUCCACGUGGAAGAUGGCAUGGCCGCGAAGAGUGAUGUGGUGAUUUCGGACAUCGCAUGA